CAUAAAAAUGACAUCUCUCAUCAUGACAUACACUUUAUCAUCACGAGCCGACGAUGACAAAAUUUUAUUGAGUAAAAAUUAUUCGUUUAUUUUAGAGUAGGUACCUAUUCAUUUUGCUUUUUAAAUUUGAGGUGUGCAUAAGUAAUUACAAUGUCAUUGGAUAAACAAAAGAUAUUGAGUGAAUUGGGAAGUGUUAUGAACCAACUGCAGAGUGCUGAUUGUGGAUGCAUGGGGAAGUUGUUCUCAAAUCCAAAUCAAACUGGCCAAGGGCAUACAAUGGGCUCACCGCUGCCAACUUGUGGUGGAUGUAGGCGAGGAUGCUGUCAUGGACACGGUUAUGGGCAUGGCAUGCUAAACGCUGGCGAACCUCACCCAGGAAAUAUGAAUAGACCCUGUAUGGGUCACUGCAACCCUCCAAAGCUGUAUGCAGACACCUACAGCUAUCUUAAUUCCAACCUCAUGCAGCCUGUAGUACAAGAAGUUUAUGAUGACUUAAAAUCUAUCACUCCAGCUAACACUGUCAUGAACAACCCAAUGGCCAACAAAAUGGGGCUUGGACAAAACGUUGCUGACAAUGUUGGUAAUACUGGCAUGAACAUGGCACAACAACACAGCAUCCAAGGUGAAGGAUAUAUGACGAAUCUCUCAAAUAUGUCUGGAAAUAUAAAUGCUGUACCAAUGCAAUCGAAUCAGCAGCCGAUGAAUAAUAUGGGUGGUGGUAUGGGCCCAGAAAUUGCAAAAAUGAUCAUGGGAGACAAUGGACUUAAACAAGGUAAUCAGCAGAUGCAGGGACAAGGAAAUCAAUUGACAGCACCGAUGGUUAUCGACGCACCGCAAUCACCGCACGGUCAAGUGGGAGUUACUCCGUUCAAUCCAGCUACUAACCAUAUUUAUGCGGACAUGAAUCAGGGUGGAUUCACAUCUAACGUCAAUCAGUCUACAAAUUUAAAUAGAGGACAAUAUCAAAAUCCUGUAACACAAUAUAUGACUUCACCAAAUUCUGCAGGCCCUGCACAGAAUAAUACUAUACAAGGAAACAUGCUGCAAAACUCAAGAAAUGUGGGCAAUCCAGCAACACAAAUGGCAGUACCGAAUAAGCGUGGAUAUGGCCAGCACACCCAAGGUGUUAUGAAGUUCAAUGAGAUGUUCCCUGGUGUAACACAAGGAGGAGAUCUCGGAUUUGAUCCAAUGGCGAUUGCUAUUCAAAUGAAUCCUGCAAAUCAGCAAAAAGCAGCCAUGGACACGAUGCAAAAAUUAAUGACCGGUAAAUCCCCUAUGGAUAAAUUUUCUGCUCAACAUGCAGUUUCACCAGCAACAGCAAAUAUCGUUCAACCACCAUCUGUACCAGUUUCUCAAAAUCAAAAUCCCUCUGCAACGAAUCAACAAUAUACAAAUCAGCAGGCCAUACCAAUGCAACAGCUAAAUGAUAAUUCAAACGCUAUGACUCCUCCGACGCAACCUAAUGCCGUGCCACAGCAACAACAGCAAGUUUACUCAGCUGUGUCGGGCUCUAAUGAGCAACACGUAUACCAACAGCAUACAGAACCACAUAAUCAGAACGUGAUGAAUUCUCAAAUGGAGGUUCCACAGCCACACGUUUCAGAAUCUGAAUUACCAGCAACACAACAAAUGAACAGAGAACCCAUAUUCCCAGUCGACACAUCUAGAAAUCCGCCAUUCAAUUACACCAUGCCACAGAAGCAUUAUGAAUAUAACACGCUUGGACAACCAGUCCAAAAGUUGCCUGCGCAAGUGUACUAUGAACCUGAACCAGGUCUUCCUCAAACCUUGUCUCCACAACCUAUACCAACGAAAUCGCGUAAUGAUCAAUUGAAAUACAGCAACGUAAAGUCGACUGUGAGCAAGACAUCGUUAUUUGGAAAUGGGAAUGUAGGGAGAAGAGUCAGUAAAAGCCAGUUGCAACAUAUUUACAAUCAGUACAAGGGUUCACAAUCAUUCACACAGCAGAACUUAAAUUCUCCGGUUCAAGCACCGACGCAUUCUGAUGGAAAAUUGAACAUAGCGCAAUCUAACUUAAAUUCCCAGCAGCAGAGGAGUCCGGUGGAAAAAGUUGGAGGGGACACGAUUGCGAAUAAUAUGUCCAAUAACAAUCAGAUCACUGAAAAAGUGGAACAGGUGAUCGGCCAAAUAGGAGAUGUUCCAUGUAAAAACAGUCACGGAGACGCGGAACAAACUAUAAAGGCAGUGCCUACGAUUCCAGCUCGUCAUGCAAAAUUAAGGAAUGGCCUUCAAGAUAUGGUGUAUACAUCGUACCCCUCGUCGGCAGCCUGGUCGUUUCACUAAAGCUAAUGACGACCGAUCUAUAUCUGUUGGAUAUCGUUUCCGCGAUUUCAAGUAGUGAUAAAUGCGAUUUACAAAACUUGUCGCUGUGCUUUUGUAAUUCUGUGAAGUAUCUAUAAUUUAUUUUGUUGUUCCAUUCUAACACUUGGUACUUAUGUAGGUAUUAUUAAAAAAAAGCUUAAAAAAGUUUGGUGAGACUUGUAAUUGGUGUUGUGAUAAUGUCAACAAACCUACUAUGUGAAAAUUAUUAAAAAUGGAUUUGAAAAAAGAUGACUAUUU